CCUGCCUCCAUCAACUCUGGGGUCGGCUGCCGAGCCCCCUGACCAGAGCCUGGGCCCAGCACGGCUCCAGCCACCUGCCCCGGCUAGCUUCACCUCUGCCAGGACCGGAGACUGGUACUUGUGCCUCUGUCCGUGCCCCACCCGCUGCACUUCUGUCUGUGACCCGCAACCGCCCGCACAGAAUCCCUGCAGAGGCCACUCGCUCUGGACCCGCCGGGCCCUCGCUUCCCCCGUCGGGGCCGCUCCCCGCCCCGCCGGCCCCGCCCGUUCCCGGGCCUGUUGCUGCCAUGGCGGUGCUGCUCCAGCGCGGCCUGCGGCCGCUCCCGCUCCUCGCUUGGGCCCCGCGGCGGGCGGCGGCGGCGUGGCCCGGGGACCCGAAUCCGCCGGAGCCGGCGCUGGAGGAGCCGGAGAGGGCGCGGCGGCGGCGGGCGGCGGCGCGGAUGGAGCGGCUGCGGCGGGAGCUGGGCGGGGGCCGCAGAGCCCCCGAUCGCGCCCUGACCUGGCAGGCGAUGGAGCAGCUGCGGUUCCUGCGGCAGGAGCUGCCCGAGGAGUGGCCUCUGGAGCGCCUGGCCCAGGGCUUUGGCGUGGGCACCGACGUGGUGCGGCGGGUGCUGCGGAGCCGCGGCUGCCCCUCCCCGCGCCGCCGGCUGCGGCAGGACCAGCGGGCGCUGAGCGCCGCCGCCACGGCACCGCCACCGGGACGGGGCGCCGGGGACGGGCGCGAGGUGCGCGCCCCCGACGGGACGCUCCUGUACCGGCUGCCGCGGGGCUGGGGCGGGCCGGGGCCCGGCGUGCAAUAAACGGAGCUGGGACCCGC